AUGAACAACCUUGAACUCUAUGGCGGUGUUCAACUUGUCCCCGCGCAACUCGUCGAUUCAAUGCAGAGCAAACAACGGCCUGAGCCUGACGGCAGGCUCGGCUCCGGCAUUGCGAAGGAAGUUCCACUCGACUGGCGGUGUCUAAGCUUGGCCGAGCACAAUGUCCCCUCUACGGAUAGGACUUCAACAGAGAUGCAGCUGCUUGCCGUCCAACAUACGCUCAAAUCAUUGAAUCUGCCGAAAGACAGUUGUUGCAGGCCGACUACACCCUGGCAUAGCUAG